AUUGACGCGUUCUCAAAAAUGAGUUAAUCAUAUAUCUAAUAACUUCUUGUUGGUUUGAACUUUGAAUGAGUUUUUCUCAACCUGGAAUAUUUCUGGCUCACUAUUAUUCUCUUGGCUUUAGUUUAAAUAUUGGGUUCUCUAAGUUCUACCACUUCAAUUCGUUAUAAUUAAUAGCUUUGAUAUGGCGGAUUUGUUUCAAGGAGCAGCUUUAGGACCACCCUUUCAAAUACUGUUCGAUUGUUUGAUUAAAAUCCCAAUACAGAAGGCUCGAAUCUUCAAAGGCACGCUCAUCAAGAUCAAAGAAACAGUCGAAGCUAUGAGCCCUUAUAUUAAGCAGAUAGAGGAGUCGAACAUGGCACUAGACAGGCAAUCAUCUGAGAUGAAAGGCUUUGUACUUAAAAUGAUACAAGGGAAGGAGCUAGUUGAGAAGUGCUCCAAGUAUAGUAAGUGCCGGUACAUUCACAAAUGGCCCGGCUACACCACCAAGCUUCGGGAUUUGGAUGAGUCCCUUGACCGUUUGCUCAGGAUUUUACCUCUUCUUAUAGCCAGAACUACGAAUGAGACUCAGAUUUUGGUGAGGGAAAUCCACGAAAGAACAGGCCAAGGGAAUCAUGGCCUUGUUUCUCGACAGAUUGAGGUAAAGGGCUGCUGUCAUGCGCCUGAACCACCAGAUUUUACUGUUGGAUUGAGUGACUCUCUUGAGGACUUAAAGAUGAAUCUUCUAAGAGUGGAUAUGGUGACAGAACCAGUUUUAGUUACUGCUCCACCAGGAUGUGGGAAGACCACUUUGAUUAAAAAGCUAUGCAAUGAUGAUCAGAUCACAGAGAAAUUCAAGAGCAACAUAUUAUUUGUAACAGUUGGAAAGAAUCCCAACUUGGGUCUUAUUGCUCAAGAACUUUAUCAACACAAAGGCUAUUCUGUAUCUACUUUCAAAGACAACAAAGAUUCAGAAUUCAAAUUGGAACAGUUUUUGAGAGAAAUUGGAAAAGAGCCUGUACUGCUGGUUCUUGAUGAUGUUUGGUCUGGAUCAGAGUCCCUUGUUGACAAGUUUGUUUUCCAAAUACCUGAUUACAAGAUUUUGGUGACAUCCCGGUAUCCAUUUCCAAGAUUUGAGCAUCAAUAUGAAAUGAAACCAUUGAGUGAUGAAGAUGCAAAGGCUAUUUUCCGGCAUUAUGCCUCACUUGAAGAUGGAAAUGCAGCCAUUCCAAAUGAUCUAGUAAAAAAGGCAGUGGAUCACUGUAAGAGAGUUCCCAUUGCACUUAAACUGAUUGGCUCAUCACUAAGGGGGCAGCAUCCCAGAAUUUGGCGAAGACAACUGGAGAAAUGGUCCACAGAUGGUUCAUCUAUUCUCAGUUCUGAGAGUGAACUUCUUUCUUGCUUGCAAACCAUCUUAGAUGUCUUGGAUGAAAAGCAUGCUAUUCUCAAGGAAUGUUUCAUGGAUAUUGGUUUGUUUCCUGAACUCAGAAGAAUCCCUGCAACUGCCCUCAUUGAUAUAUUUGCAGAACUGCAUGGAGUAAAAGAAGAUGAUGCCAUUGCUAACCUUUAUGAGCUCCGUGAUCGAAAUCUUGCAAAUGUUGUAGUCACAAGAAAAGAUGCAGAUGAAGUGGAUGACUACUACAGUGAACACUUUGUUACUCAGCAUGGUAUGCUUAGAGAGCUUGCUAUACACCAAAGCAAGCAGGAUCUACAAGAAAAGAGGAAAAGAUUGAUUGUAGAAAUAGCUGGAAACAAUCUUCCGCAGUGGUGGAAUGAACAAAUUGAGCAGCCUUUCAAUGCCCACUUAGUAGCUUUUUCAACAGAUGAAUCAUUUACAUCAAAUUGGUGCGACAUCAAACUACCUGAAGCAAGAGUUCUAGUUCUGAGUUUUCAAACCAAGACUCAUGCCUUACCAGAGUUUGUGAAAAACAUGAGCAAACUAAAGGUUCUAAUAAUCACAAACUACAGUUUCUUACAAGCUGAAUUAACCAACUUUGAGCUGCUUGAUACCUUGACCAAUCUGACUAGAAUCAGACUAGAGCGCCUAUCGAUUCCCUCCCUGAAAGAAACUCACGUUGUACUGAAGAAACUGCAGAAGUUAUCCGUGUUCAUGUGUGAAUUUGGCCAAGCCUUCACUUCUAUCAAGAUAUCAGAAGUGUUUCCAAAUCUAGAAGAACUAAACAUUGACUAUGGCAAUGAUUUGGUGGAACUGCCUGCAGGGGUUUGUGAUCUAAUCAAGCUGAAGAAGCUGAGCAUAACACAUUGCCAUGAUCUGUCUUCACUGCCUGAAGAAAUGGGGAACUUGGUCAAUCUACAAGUGUUGAGGCUAAGAUCUUGUAUUGAUUUGGUAAAGUUACCAGACUCCAUUUGCAGCCUACCCAAGCUAACAUUUCUUGACUUAUCAGACUGCAUCAGCAUUCGGAACUUGCCUGAAAACAUCGGUCAGCUGCGUAGUUUAACAAAUCUAAACAUGAAGAACUGUUGGAGAUUGGUAGAGUUGCCUCCAUCAGUUCUGGACUUUAAACAGCUAAAAGAUGUGGUGUGUGAUGAGGUGCUAAAACAAGUAUGGGAAUUUUAUUUGCCUGCUGAUGCCAAUAUUGAGCUAAGGUUGGCCAAGGAUGAGGUUAACUUACACUGGCUUGACUCUUGAGAUGGAGAAAGUCAUGAGCUAAGACCAAUGAUGAAAAAAGUGGCAUUUUAGUGGAAAAUAUGAAGGAGACCCAGCCCCCAUGGGCCUGAGGCCUCUCUUCAGCCAUCUGGGCCCGCUGCUGCUUCCACUAACCAGCCUAAUCAGGCCUCUUGCCCAGCCGAAGCCCACGCCCCCAGGCCCAGUCCGUCUGCCGCAGCUCCCCUCUCCAUUCGGCCCACGUUCAGCCAACGCCAGGCCUGCCUCCCCAUCCGCCUAGGCCUCCAGCACUUCUCUCCAGCCGAAGCCAGCCUAACAAGGCCCACCCUUCCACACCUGCCUCCAGCUAGCUACUGAAACACACAAGCCAGCCCCUUUUGUGUUUUUUUAAGCCCAACAGAAGUACAUUGUCCCCUUUGCCAAAAAUUCCAACUUGUUACCCAAACUUCUACACAUUUUACCCCAUAACAUCAUCAUUACACCCUAUAAUUUACCCUUAUUUUCCAUAUUAUUAUUAAUUUAAUUAAUUUAAAUUGAUUAUUUUAAUACUCUCAUUUUGGCAAUAAAUAUGGAAUUUUCAAGACCAUUUUGGGAGUACUUAUUUGAGGGGAGGUCAUACCACAAAGUUUCUACACUUUCAAACGUCUCUAUUCUCUUCAUCUUCUUCUUCCUUUUGGUUAAUUUUCUAUGUAUUUUUAGAGGAACAAUUUGGGGGUUUUCCUCCAAAUUUUCCUAAGUUAUGUUUGUAAUUUUUUUGUUUGUAUUUUCUAUUUUAGUUAUGAGUUUCUAAUCUUAUUAAGAUUAUUAAGGUGAUGAUGAAACAAUAUGUAACUAGAUAGUAUUUAUUUUGUAUGUUGAUUUCCUA